CAAUCCGCGCUAUCGAAGUAUUGCAGAAAUACAGCUGAUCGAAAACCGAAAAGAGUUGCAAAAAGCGCAUAGAGAUUGAAAACAGACGAAUGGCGGACAGUGAAAAAGCGGUGAAUCGUGGCCGUCGCCACGGCAGGAAUAAGGCACCUCCGGUGCCGGGACAGCCCACGGCACAGGCACGAUUGGUGGUCAAUGGCCGGGAAACCGGUGGAGCGAAGGGCAAUGGCAAACCAGCAAAGGCACGAACGGGUAAGGAUUCGAAGGUCGCCGGGGGCGACAAGCUGAGGCCCGAGGACGAGAAGAUGCUGCGCCAGCUGGUCAACGAUUUCCUGCAGAGCCGCGAACCGGAGCAGCAGCUGCUCGGACUGACCAAGGCGCAGCGCAGCCACGUGCAUCGAUUGGCCCAGAGUCGUGGUCUGAAGACGGUAAGCAAGGGUUCCGAGGAGGACCGCGUCCUCUUCAUAAGUCGCCCGCAGUCGAAGGGCCUGCAGCACAACCAGCUGGACAACGCAAAGCUGCACACUUGUCCCACGCUCGUCAACGUUUUGGAUCAAAUGGCCGGCGAUGUGGAACGCAGAUUGAAAAGCUCCGCUGAUGCCUUUCGGCGCAACAAUCAGCUGCAUCAGGAUCAGCGGCGUCCCUCCAACUUUGGCCUGGUCGGGCAGAGGCUCAUCCCGCCGCCGCAGAGCAACUGGAACAGGAACAUUCAGCAGGAGCGCCAGAGCCUGCCCAUCUACAAGCAGCGCGAGAACAUCCUCAGCGUGCUGCAACAAGAUCAGGUUUUGAUCAUCAAAGGAGCCACCGGCUCGGGCAAGUCCACCCAACUUCCGCAGUACAUUCUCGAGUGGGCCGCCGAGCAUCGUACUCCAGUCAGGAUCGUGGUGAGCCAGCCUCGCCGCAUAGCAGCCAUUAGUGUUUCGGAGCGCAUUUCCAAGGAGCGCGGCGAGGCGCCGGGCGGCACAGUGGGCUAUCAGAUUCGCAUGAAUAGACAAUGCAGCAGCCACACGGUUCUAACGCUGACCACCAGUGGCUGCCUUUUGAGAGCUCUCGCCAUGGAUAACGAGUCCUUCUUUAAGAACACCACCCACUUAAUUAUCGACGAAGUCCACGAGCGUGAUUUGGACACAGACUUUCUGCUGCUGGCCACCAAGCUGGAGCUGCAAAAGAAUCCGCACCUCCGCCUCGUGCUUAUGUCGGCCACCAUGGAUCUAAAAGCAUUGUCCGAUUACUUUGGUAGGGCCACUGUGAUGGAUGUGGAGGGGCGCAGCUUCGGUGUGGCGAUCUAUCAUCUGGAGGACAUUCUCAGCAACACUGGCUACAUGCACCCGAGAAUGGAGCGAUUUUUGGGCGAGCUGACAGGCGAAGAAACUCCUAACGAACUGCUAGCCGCCUAUUAUGGUGGUCGCACCAUCAUAGAUCCGGAUAUCGACAAUGAUUUGAUCGUUUCGCUAUUGGAGUUAUUACUGCGACAAGGCGACGCUGGAGCGGUGAUUGUGUACCUACCUGGCUAUAGCGACAUGACCUCGCUGCGUGACCGCUUGGAAUCGUCACUGCCGCGGGACGACAUCAAGAUCAUGCUGCUGCACAGCCAGGUGGACAACAACGAGCAGCGCAAGGCCUUUCGCAUUUAUUCUGGUGUGCGUUUAAAGAUAAUUCUCAGUACAAACAUAGGACAAACUUCGAUCACCAUUCCGGAUUUACUAUAUGUUAUUGACACGGGUCGCGCCAAGAUGAAGACCUAUGAUCCGGCCACAGAUGCAUCGCAGUUAACCAGCUCGUGGAUCUCGCAGGCGGACGCCAAACAGCGGGCGGGAAGAGCUGGACGCUUGUGCCAUGGCAAUUGCUAUCGGUUGUUUGACAGCUACCGCCUGAAGAGGAUGGAUCUGUACACUGUCCCUGAGAUCAUGAGGCGCACAUUGGACGAGAUAUGUCUGCUGACCAAGGUGGCGGCGCCAGACAAGAAAAUAGAACAUUUUCUAGCUCUCGCUUUGGAUCCUCCACAACAGGAUGCCGUAAUGCAGGCCUGCUCCAGACUGAAGCUAUUGGGUGUGCUCGACGAACGGGACGAGAUCACGCCACUGGGACGCAUCAUUGCCGAACUGCCGCUAGGCGUUCAAUUUGGCAAAUGCCUGGUGUACUCCAUUUACUUGCGCUGCCUGGACAGCAUGAUCAUAAUUGCAGCAUACCACUCGGUGAGGGAUCCCUUCGUUCUAAACAUGGAGCGCGGCAAGAAAUCCGGGCAGCAGAAUGCUAGAAUUUCAUUCGCUGGCGACGGGAUGAGUGAUUCGCUGGCGGCCAUUAAACUCUACGAGGAGUUCACCAGCUUAAAGCGCAUGAACAUCGGCGACUUUUGCGAGCGCAAUUUUGUUUGCCGUAACGCCAUGGAGAUGUUCGUAUCGGCGGUUAGCACGCUACGCGAUACCGUGUACCGCAUAUUCCGCUUUAACGAUGCCAGUGCUCGUUUGGCCUCGUCCUUCAACAAGGAUACGAACAUGAUCCGCCUGGCUCUGACUGCCGGACUGUAUCCUAAGCUGGCGUACAUGGAUCGCGAGAACAAAAACCAGCUGGUGGCUGAAGGAGAUCCAUUUGUUCAGGUUUCGAGAACCUCAUGCCUGCUGGGCAGAAAGAAGCAAAAGAAAUUGGCCACCGAGUGGAUUCUGUUCGUGGAGAAGACCCGCAUUGCCGACCACAUGUCCUCGCUGGAGCAUACCACCCUGGUGAGCGGCUUGAUGGUGGCUCUGGCUGGCGGAAAGCAGUUCACAACGGAGCCUCUUGACUCCCAGGUGCUUCUGUGCCUGGACUCGUGGAUCCGUUUGAAAUGCCCAGCUGACUUUGGACACCAGCUGCAUAAAGUGCGAAUGCUAAUGGAGCGCGAGUUCGCCGUGUUGGUCUCGACACGGAAGCUCAGUCUAGUGGCCGAUUUCAUGGGGCCUGAAACACUUCGGCGGUUGCUGAAGGCGGAUGUGUCCUCGACCAAUCUGGCCGAGGGCAGAAGCCUACCGGACAGAGACAACUGUGAUAACGACUACUGAAUUCUACGCUUAAAACAUAAGUUAAAAGUGAAAUGCAUAUACAUACUUAGGAACUACUCACAGUAUUUGCAAAACGUAUAAAUAAUCCAAGUUUUUGAUCAUAGACCUAUAUGCAGUGCGAUUCAUAAGCCUCGUACCUGAUUAAGCCAGCUAAUUUCACACGAAGAGGCAAACGAAUAUUUCCAAUUUUUCCAUAUUUUUGUACAAUCUAAUGAAAGACUCUACUGUACUUAUUACAUAUUAAGGUACAUUUAAGGUAGCACACACGAUAUCUUAACUAGAUUCCUUACAUGUUGUGAUACAAGAAGACGCCAAAGCGGCUUUCUUUAGCUGUUAAAUCCAAGAAUACAUAUAUUCGAAUUUUUAACCAGAUCUCUGCACAAUAUUCCCUGAAAUGUGUCAGCUAUGAACUUAUGGUCCCUGCCUUGAUUUCCAUUUUUGAAUGAUUCUCUUUAAACCAAUAUUAGUGAUUUAAGUGCACUUUUGUAAAGGAAAAACCAUUGCGGACGUUAUCAGAUACCCUAGAAAAUACAAUUUUUUUCAUAUUGAUUAGAACCUGGCAAGAAAUCCAAUAAAAUCAAAGCGUUUUUGAAAAUUGUGCGCGUGAAGAAAAAAAAUGUUUUAUUUAUGCAUUAAUGUAACUAUCUUAAGCGCUGAAUCGCACUGCACUGUAGGCACAUUGGAAACACAGGGAAUUCAAAAUGUAAACCAAAAAUAUGACUUUGGAGACUGCAAUUGCGGGCACUCCCUAAUUGCCGGGUGAAAAUAUGUGGGCCACAAGUGCCACGAGAUGCCAGGGAGAUCGUAGCUCGGAGUCGGAGUCAAAGUCGAAGUUGGUGUCAGUGUCAGCGAGCCCAGUUGGUGGGCGUGGCUGUUCCCUGCGGUGCAUUGGGCCAUGGCAGUCGUGGAGCUGACGUUUAUGCUCCACCUGCCCCACCUGCUCCACCUGCCUCCCACUGCCUCCAUUCAGGCGCAAACAAGAGCGGGCAAAUGGAGAAAAAUACAAAAAAAAUAAAAGCAAAGUUAAUUGCACAGACGACGCAGUCAAUAAACUUGAAGUCGAGCUUGUCGCUGGUGGAGCAACAAUGGCCACAGAGACACCGGAGCAACUGCAACAAAAGACAGCAGCUUUUGCUCACAAAGAAAGUGAAAUUAAUUUGCUAUUUUUCGCUCGACUGUAGCUCACUGAGCGAAAAGUCUUUGCAAACUGGGAGAGAGCAUGGCCAAUCUUCGAUGUCUUUUAUGUCUAUAUAUAUGUCUAUAUACGAGUAUUACAUGUUGUCGCUCCCAAAGAAUAUAUGAAAUUACAGUGGAAAACCAACAGACAGCACUUGGAAAAACAUUUACAGGAACCACGUAAAAUGUAUUUAUGUCUAAGGAAUUACUUACUAAGCAUUACUUUUAAAUAACAUGAAUGUGAAACAUAAAAUGUUUUUACUUUUGCGUUUCAAAAAGGCACUUAGCCGAUUUUUGAUAACAUUUUUUUAUGAAUCUUAGAAAGAGUAGUUAUGAAAAUCGAAAUCAGUGUGUACUUGAAACUUUAUGAAGGUUUAAACUAAAUUUAAGUGUAAAUGUAUGCU